UCGCAUUUGUAUUUUCUGAAAACAAAACAUCGUUUGUAGUGUUUUAAAUUACUGUAGUGACAAUUUACGAAAAUGUUUCCGAUUGUUGAUUUAUAUCUAAAUACUUGAUGCUGAUGUUUUUAAGCGAAAUAAAUUUAUAUAUUUUUGAAUAUUUUAUUUCGGUUUAUAAUUAUGGAAACUAAUGAAAAAGACAGUUUACCUGAGUCCUCUUCAUCUUUUAAAACUCUACAGACAUUUGCUCCAUUUCAUUCUAGCUCAAAUAAUCCAUCGAUUUUACCAUGGGAUAGAUUUUCGCAGUGGGUUUAUUGUAUAUGUGUUGUCACUUUUGAUUUAGAAUUAGGUCAAGCUAUGGAGAUGAUAUAUCCGGCACACAUUAAACUGACUGAAAAAGAGAAAACAAGUAUUUGUUAUAUGGCAUUUCCAGAUUCAAAUUCAGGUUGUAUGGGAAAUACCCAGUUUUAUUUUCGGAUGCGACAAUGCCCAGUACGCAGACCUAAUUUGCCAGUUCAUGAAGAAUUUAACAGAAUUUGCUCAGUGCCUCUACAGAUAGAUUUUUCUCAUUUUUUUGGAUUUGUAUAUUUUCGUCAAGUGAAAGACAAAACUAUCCCAAGAGGAUAUUUCCAAAAGUCAAUGGUCUUGUUGACAAAACUUCCACUGAUAUCUCUGUUCACAGAAGUCUUAGCUAAGAUUGCUCCUGUGUUCUUCAGUUCUGGAGAACCAAGUAUUGAAUCAGCCUGCCAUGAUAUUGAUCAAUGGCCUUUACCUUUACCUGGUGUGCCUCUCAGUCUUCCUUUAAUUGGUAAUGUUUUGCAGAUUCGUAUACCUAGUCGAAUGGAUAAAUCGAUUCCAUCUGCAAAAGAUGCAGAAGCAGAAAAUUCACCUGUUACAUUUUAUGAAAAGAUUAAUAUUCCUCCUUCACAUGAAAUGGAUGUAUUUCAGAGCUUUCUCCCUGUUUUAUCUCAUGUUCAGUUGCUAUGGGAACUUGUUAUAACUGCUGAACCAAUAAUUGUUAUGGCAAGUUCUCCUAAUAUUACAUGUGAUAUGGUUCAAGCUCUCAUAUGCAUGAUAUGGCCACUUCGUUAUUGCUGUGAUUAUCGGCCUUUCUUUACUAUUCAUGAUAGUGAAUUCAAAGAAUAUACUACAAAAGUACAAGCACCCCCACCUAUUAUACUUGGUGUUACAAACCCGUUUUUUGCUAAAACAUUGCAACAUUGGCCUCACAUUAUUAGAAUUGGGGAUCCACAAGAUUCUACUGGUCCGAAUAAACAUAAAAUAAAAAGAGCUGGUAGUAUUAAGGCUUUAGAUUCUAAACCUGGUAAGUAUUCUGAGGUUAUGUGGUUUAUAUUAUCAUUACUCUGA